AUGCGCCACUCGUCAGAGUCGCUCCGUUAUACCCACCCUUACAUAAAGUGGCGGGAUAGACCCCGUGAAAUCUGCUUCUUCUUCCCAUUGGCCGAGGAGCGAUAUAAAGUCACACCAAGCAACGGACACAUCCAAGCCUUUCCCUUUCCCAUGGCCCUUCAGGACAAAUCGCAAUACGGCAAGCUCAGUCUCACUCAAAGACUGGGGCUCGUCGGCAGCCUACUCUCUAUGCCCGUCAAAGUCCUAUGGAGUGUAUUGACAACCUCCCAUGCCUCGUACAACAAGGACAGAACGCUGAAGCGCAUUAUCGGCGACACUGUCCUGCGAAACCUCACCAGUCUCAGCACGCCUCAGCUCCAAAUGCUCUUUGGCACUGACCAGCAAAUUUACGCCACAUUCACCAAGUCGUAUAAACUGCCAAGCACUGUGGAUGAGCUGGGUGAUGACGCAAAGCUUUACUGGAUUGGUCCGAAAAGGACUGAACGCGUUAUGCUCUUCCUUCACGGUGGGGCAUUCUUAUUACCGGCAGCCGACUUUUCUUUGCGUUUCUGGCGAUAUGUUCAGGUUGAGCUCGAAAAGAAAGGCGUUGAAGUCGGUUUUGCUUAUCUGGAAUACACACUCGCCCCAUACGCAGCCUUCCCGACCCCACUCAAACAAGCUUCGCUCGCAGUAAACUUUCUCCUCGAUGCUGGCGUUAAACCAUCCAACCUCCAAAUCGCCGGUGACUCUGCAGGAGGAAAUCUUGCCAUCCAACUCAUCUCCCAUAUCCUCCACCCACUGCCCUCUGUCCCCCGUAUCUCCCUCUCGUCCCCGAUUCGCGGCGUUUAUCUCAUCUCUCCCUGGACUAGUCUCUCCGCCUCCAGCCCCUCCCACAAAUUCAACGACGGCCUCGACUUCCUCACCUUCCCCACGCUCUCCUCUUGGGGUGCACAAAUUCUCGAGGGCUUUCCUACCGAACAUCGUGUGUUCGCCGAGGCCAUCACGGCUCCGGCGGAUUGGUUUGCCGGGGCCGAAGGUGUUUUCCAGCGAGUGCUCGUCACCGCUGGCGGGGCAGAGCUUCUUAAAGAUGACAUCGUUGCGUUUCACGAGGUGUUCAAGAAGCACCACAGCCAGACAGAGCUCGUUGUACAGCCAAAUGGCCUCCAUGAGGAUAUGUUUUUGGAUUUCAUGCUGGGCGAGGAGAAGGUCGGGAGCUUGACGCCCCUCACGGUGGAGUGGCUGGCGGCGGGCUUUUCUUAG